ACGUCACAGCUCCCAGUGGCUCUCGGGGCUCUGCGCGGUGUUGCUGUUGAUGAGAAUUUAACGGUUUGUUUACAUUCGUUUGUUUCUUUUUUUUGUGUGUGUGAGGAAAAAAUAUCGAAAUUAUUACUUAGCGUUUUUCCCAUCAGUCAUUACGAAAAAGGUUUCGAGGCUGUCAGGAAAAUUAUUUUACAAAACACGAAGCUGGAGGGAAAAAUCGCAAGAGCGUGAGAUGAAAUGACAACGUCAACAUUACAGAAAGCCAUCGAUCUGGUCACCAAAGCCACAGAGGAGGAUAAGGCCAAGAAUUAUGAGGAGGCUCUGAGACUGUACCAGCACGCUGUGGAGUAUUUCCUACACGCCAUCAAGUAUGAGGCUCACAGUGAUAAGGCGAAGGAGAGUAUCAGGGGGAAGUGUAUGCAGUACCUGGAGCGGGCAGAGAAGCUGAAGUCCUACCUGAGGAACAAGGACAAGCAGGGCAAGAAACCAGUGAAGGAGACACAAAGCAAUGACAAGAGUGACAGCGACAGUGAAGGUGAGAACCCAGAGAAGAAGAAACUGCAGGAGCACCUGAUGGGUGCUAUAGUGAUGGAGAAGCCGAAUGUGAGCUGGAACGAUGUGGCUGGACUGGAGGGAGCUAAAGAGGCCCUGAAGGAAGCCGUCAUCCUGCCAAUCAAAUUCCCUCACCUCUUCACAGGUAAACGGACUCCAUGGAGAGGGAUCUUGCUUUUCGGACCUCCUGGGACAGGAAAGUCAUACCUGGCUAAAGCUGUAGCUACAGAGGCUAACAACUCCACCUUCUUCUCCGUUUCCUCAUCUGACCUCGUGUCCAAAUGGCUGGGGGAGAGCGAGAAGUUAGUGAGGAAUCUGUUUGAGCUUGCCCGUCAGCGUAAACCCUCCAUCAUCUUCAUCGACGAGGUGGACUCUCUGUGCGGCUCACGAAGUGAAAACGAGAGCGAAGCAGCUCGCAGGAUCAAGACCGAGUUCCUCGUGCAGAUGCAGGGUGUGGGGACCAACAAUGAUAAAAUCUUGGUUCUGGGUGCCACUAACAUCCCAUGGGUUCUGGAUGCCGCCAUCAGGAGAAGGUUCGAGAAACGGAUCUACAUCCCGCUUCCAGAAGAGCCGGCUCGGGCCACCAUGUUCCGCCUCCAUUUAGGGAACACGCCCCACAGCCUGAGCGAGGCCGACCUGCGCCUCCUCGCUCACAAGACUGACGGCUAUUCCGGCGCUGACAUCAGCAUCAUCGUCAGAGACGCUCUCAUGCAGCCUGUCCGAAAAGUGCAGUCCGCUACACACUUCAAGAAGGUACGAGGUCCAUCCCGUAGUAACCCCUCUGUGAUGGUGGAUGACCUUUUGACCCCAUGUUCCCCUGGUGACCCUGCUGCCAUGGAGAUGACCUGGAUGGAAGUGCCUGGAGACAAACUUCUGGAGCCCAUAGUGUGUAUGGCCGACAUGCUGCGCUCUCUGUCCACCACUCGGCCCACGGUGAACGCCGAAGACCUGCUGAAGGUGAAGAGAUUCACCGAGGACUUUGGACAGGAAGGCUGAGGAUCAGCAAACGCCCGCCCAUCAAUCACACACAAGCCCCACCCCUAUGGACCGAGCCCCACCUCCAACCCCCCCCCCCCCCCCUUCCUUCCCUAACACGUCACUUUACAGCUGGACUUCCUGUGUGCGGUGUUGAACAUGAAGGAGCAUUUACUUCUGCACAUUUGUGUGUGUGUGUGUGUGUGUGUGUGUGUGUGGCCUGUAGUUCUUACUGUAUGUGGACUGAAUGUGUGUGUAUUUAUGUGUAAACGAUCACACACACGCACACUGCACUAGCUCAGUAUUAGUUAUUUAUUCCCCCCCGUUUCAGACUGAACCAUUAUCGCCACUGAACACACACAUUAAAGCAGAAUAAUAAUAAUAAUAUUAAUAUUAAUACUUUUACCCCAAAUGUACUUGAGUUCUGAGGAUCAUUUGGAGUACAGCGACUUUGGGAGGUUUGUUUUGAGCUAAAGUGUCACUAAUGUUCGUUUCUGGUGACCCCCGAAUGUCUCGCACUCUACACACUACUGACCGUACCGCUGCGGCUAAUUACCUGUCUGCAUUAAUUAAAGUAAUUAAAUCUCAACUGGAAACUGGGAA